UGGAAUUUAAUUGUUGGGAUUUAAAUUGGGAGCUCUGAAAAUGGGUCCCGUUUUCGGGACCGCUUCUUGUUUCGUGAGCGGUUGUCGGGAGAGGAAAUUUGGGGAGCGACCUCAGCCGCAACGCCUAACCAGAGAAGCAAUGCGGAAUUACCUAAAGGAGCGGGGUGAUCAAACAGUACUAAUUCUUCAUGCGAAAGUUGCACAGAAAUCAUACGGAAAUGAAAAAAGGUUUUUCUGCCCUCCGCCUUGUGUAUACCUUAUGGGAAGCGGGUGGAAGAAAAAGAAAGAACAAAUGGAACGAGAUGGCUGCUCUGAACAGGAGUCUCAGCCUUGUGCAUUCAUUGGAAUUGGUAACAGUGACCAAGAAAUGCAGCAGUUAAAUUUGGAAGGAAAGAAUUAUUGCACAGCCAAAACUUUGUACAUAUCUGACUCCGACAAGAGAAAGCACUUCAUGUUGUCUGUAAAAAUGUUCUAUGGUAAUAGUGAUGACAUUGGUGUAUUCCUCAGUAAACGAAUUAAAGUCAUCUCCAAACCUUCCAAAAAGAAGCAGUCCUUGAAAAAUGCAGACUUAUGUAUUGCAUCAGGGACAAAAGUGGCAUUGUUCAAUCGACUUCGUUCUCAGACAGUCAGCACGAGGUAUUUACACGUAGAAGGAGGGAAUUUCCAUGCUAGUUCACAGCAGUGGGGAGCCUUUUACAUCCAUCUUUUGGAUGACGAAGAAUCCGAGGGUGAAGAAUUCACAGUACGAGACGGCUACAUUCAUUAUGGACAGACAGUGAAACUUGUGUGUUCAGUAACUGGCAUGGCACUCCCUAGACUGAUAAUACGUAAAGUGGAUAAACAGACAGCAUUGCUAGAUGCAGAUGAUCCAGUAUCGCAGCUCCAUAAGUGUGCUUUUUAUCUGAAGGAUACAGAGAGAAUGUACCUGUGCCUUUCUCAGGAGAGGAUAAUCCAGUUUCAAGCCACUCCAUGUCCAAAAGAACCAAACAAAGAAAUGAUAAACGAUGGUGCCUCUUGGACAAUCAUCAGCACAGACAAGGCAGAAUAUACCUUCUAUGAGGGGAUGGGGCCUGUGCAUUCACCAGUUACUCCAGUGCCUGUUGUAGAAAGCUUACAGGUGAAACAGGCUUGCAAAUCUUACACAUGCCACCACCCAAAGUUUAACAAAGGUGGGGAUGUAGCCAUGCUGGAACUUACUGGACAGAAUUUCACACCAAAUCUCCGGGUUUGGUUUGGGGAUGUAGAAGCUGAAACCAUGUACAGGUGUGCAGAGAGCAUGCUGUGUGUGGUUCCAGAUAUUUCUGCAUUCCGCGAGGGCUGGAGGUGGGUUCGGCAGCCAGUUCAGGUCCCUGUCACUUUAGUUCGAAACGAUGGGAUUAUCUACUCCACCAGCCUUACUUUCACUUACACACCAGAGCCGGGGCCCAGACCACACUGCAAUGCUGCUGGAGCCAUCCUCCGAGCACACUCAAGCCUGAUGGCAUCAAGUGAACCCAACACAAAUAGCGAGGGAAGUUACACAACUGUCGCCACAAAUUCUACCAACGUCACAUCUUCAGCAGCAACGGUAGCAUCAUAACCUGCAAACUUAAACGAAAGACUUUAAAGUGACAAGUGCUGCAUAAAGGAAAAAAGAAGAAAAAAAAAACAACUGUAGUCUUGGACACCCAUUGUGGUUUCGUAGGGACAAACCUGUUUUGACCUGAACGCUGAAGUGAAGAGUUGGGAGCCCAGAUCAAAUAAUGGUAAAUAAAGAAACCACAUGACACGUCAGCCAUGUAUAAACUUUAAUAAAGAAAAGUCUAUUUUUCAGUUUUUUUUUGUAAAGGGGCAAGAUGUGUGUGUGUGUGUGGCUGGAGGUUCAGCAAAGUAGAAGAAAGCAUAUAAAACAUGAUAACGUAGGUUUUAUGGACCAAGGAUCUUGUAUAAGCUUUAGUAAAGGUACAUUUUCACCAUACCUUUUUUUGUAUUAAACAUAUAGUACACUUUUGUUACCAAAUAGUUUCUAUUUUUGCGCUGAAGUAUAUCCAGGUCACAGGCCUGGCCUUGCUUGUGUAUUAUAGCUAUCUUACUCUUCCAGUGAAACGUGUAGUUUGGUCUCUGACUGGAACUACUUUUUUUGUUUUUGUUUUUUAAACUAAAGUCUUGUGACUUUACAAAACCGAAGGUGUGGUAACUUCAUUAUAGUAGAACUUCAGAGGGCCUAUUUGUUUCAGUUAUAUGAAUUCUAAAAAAAAACAAGAAAAAAAAACAAGCUUUAAGCAGUGCCUCUGCCUUGCCUGCAAUACCUGAUGUACUCUAACCUUUUAAACGUUUUUAUAAAUCAUUGUGAAUUGGAGCAGGAGUGUUCUGUCUAGUACUUUCGCUUGUUUCAUUUUUCUUAUUGUAUUUCUGAAUUUUACAUCUGAGGUUCUGUCCUUAUCCGAGUUCCGAAAUCAAAGUAUUCACAUUAGCAGUUGUCGGUUUAGGCCAUGCCAAGCUCAAACAUUUUAUAUGGUUAAUUUGCAUUAUUUGUCUAAUGUUAAAUAAUUCCUAAAGGGUUACACAUUUAAUUCAGUUUUUCUGUAAUUUUGUAAUCUAGUAUUUUAAAUGCAUGUAACCCCUAUAAACAAAUAUAAAGGCAAAAUUAACCAAAUGUGUAUUUUUUAAUGCUGUAUGCAGUCCUGUCAAAGUGCUGGUGUUAAUGUUUGUUCACAUGUUUUUUUAACCACCCUGUCUUCCCAAUGUCUGAGUUAUUUUAUAGACAUAAUGCUGAUGAUCAUUGUGCUCAAUAUGAGCAGUUUGAGACUGAUAUUUGAAUUAGUUGUGGCCUUGCUGCUGCUUCUGUGCUGGAAAGUGUUGAUUUUUUUUUUUUUUUUUUUUAAAUGCCUUGUCAUUUUGCUGUUCAAUCGCGUUUGAAUUUUUGCAGCUUUUAAAAAUGUUUUAUUUAAUUUUUUUAAAUUAUGCUUUGGCCAUGAGGUUGAGAAGGGAGUGUCUGUUAAAGAGCUUAUUAUAUAAAUCAACAGAUGGCAUGCACUGUACAACUGGAUCCUGGUAUGGUCCUACUGUGGUUAUAUGGCUAUAGAUACAUUCGUAUUGUAUUCGAAUAGUUUAGCCCAUCUCCAGCUACAGCUGUGUACUUACCUUUUUGUUUCCCGUGCAUUGUCAGUUUGAAUAAUUGGACUUUGUGGAAGUAACAUGAUAGAGUAGUAAUAACUGGGUGAGGGCAUUUUCAAUCGGUUCGCUUUGUAACUGGUACUGUACAUAGUCCUUAUCCACAUAUGCAACAGUAUUCCCUAUUCAGAAAAUCUGGGAGAGCUCUUAAAGGGAAAAAAUAAAUAUUCCCAAUUUUAUAGUGACAAUGCCUUAGUAAAGCGCUUAUAUGGAAAAUUCUGAUCUAGAAUACUAAACUACGAGUCCAGUGUAGCUGCCCAUAAGACUUACUAAGCAAGUAAUUUUUUCUGAAAUACAGUGGCUACUUUUUAUUCAGAAAAGUGUACCUGAGGUUUUCCUUAAUCAACCACUGACCCUUUUUCAAUGUGCUUUUAGUAUUCAUUCUGUACAUUUAUAACCCUUUGUGGUCCUGUGUCGGACUAGGUCUGACAUUGCAAUUUUCCCUUUCCAGUCCGAUGUCGGACCCUGUCUGACAUCAUCAAAAAGAUGUAAAGCACAGGUCUCUAGUUGUUUUUUCUACGGAAUAAGCCGAGAAAACUUUCAAUGGCUGAAUGAGACCGAUAGGAGCCGAUUGAAACCAGAAAAAAAAGGGCGUAUCAUAGCCUCUUGCAUUACAGCAGGCCUUCUCAAUCUCGGUCCUCGGGACCCCCUGUGGCUGCUGGUUUUCAUUCCAACCGAGCUCUCAAUUACUUAA